UUUACUCCUUCGUGCACACAACCCCACUUUCAUAACCGUAAUUUCGCAAAACCCUCUCACUAUUUCUUUUCUCCAAUGGCACCCAACCGCCCAUCUUCUCAGGAUGAGCCUCCGGAAGAAGUGGAAGCCUCGUCCGAAGAAGAAGUAGACGGAGAAGAAGAGGAAGAAUCCGGAUCCGAGCCCGAAUCCGAACCCGAGCCUCCAACAGCACCCACUCCUGUUGCUGAGAAGAAACCACCACCAAAGAAUCCGGACUUGGCUACGGUGCCGCAGUCUUCAUCCCCUGGCUCCGAAGAAGAAGAGGAAGAAUCCGGAUCCGAGUCUGAGGAGCCUGAGCCUGCACUUGCUGAGAAGAAACCGGACUCGGCUAUGGAAGAGACGCCCAAGACCAAAAAGCCUAGAUCGAAGGCCUCGGCUACUACUACGCCGGCGGCAAGGGCCGGGUCGAAGCGGCCAAGCGAGAGCGACCCCACGGAUUCCAAGAGGCCCAAGAAGAAGAAGAUCUCAGACUCGGAUCAGAAGCCAGACCAUGCCGGAGCCGGUGGAGACGACUCGAAGAAGCUGCUCCUGCUACAGAGGAUUUGGAGCGAUGAUGAUGAGAUAAAGAUCUUGGAAGGUAUGAUUGAUUACUAUACCAAGCAAGGGGUGCACCCAAAUGCUGAUAUGUUUGCGUUUCAUGAUUUUAUGAAGAAAUCGCUGAAGGCCGAUGUGAACAAGACCCAAUUACAAGACAAAAUUCGUAGGCUCAAGAAGAAGUACGAGACCAAUGUGGACAAAGGGAAGAAGUAUAAUCCUGUUAAGCCUCAUGAGCUAAAGGUCUUUAACUUGUCUAAGAAGGUAUGGGGCAGGGGCGAAGGGUCAUUUGCGGUAGGUGGGUUGUCUGAAGAGUAUAAGUGUAAUGAGACGUGUGAGGGUUUGAGAGAGCAGAGGUUGCUGGAGGGUUGCUUGGAGUUGAUUGGAGAACCCAAACGAACUGAGUUGAAUGAGGAGUGGAAGAAGCUGAAUGUUACUGAAUUGGAGCUUCUUGUUAGAAAGAGUGAGUUGAUGAGAGAUAAGGCUAAGUUGAUGAGCGAUAAGGCUAAGUUGAUUCUGGAGGCAUUGAAGUGAAGUCAUAUGACUGUGCAUGUAUAGCAAGGAUAUGGAAGCAGGUGGAGAUAAACAAUGCCAAGCCAAGAAAGGCUCAGAUUUUGAGUAGCCCACAGAAGCUAAAGUAAUUCCAAGGAUGGGUUUUUGAGUGGAGGGAAAAAGAAGGACUGGGAUCAGAUGCUUUCUUUGUGCAGAGAGAGUUGCCUGUGACAAUGAAAAUGCAAGUCCACUCCUUUUUAAGUGCUUCUUUCUCAAUAGAAUGCAUCUGUGCAGUAAAUUUACAAGUUCUUUAGCAUCAGCUGCAACAACAAAUGUUAGCAAUACAAUAGUCAUGAAAUUUUUUGCAGGUAUCGAUUUCGUUAGCACAGAUUCUUACAUGUAUCUGUAGUUUUAUUGGGUAGAUUAGAAGAACUACUUGAAACUGAUGAGUGAAAUCCUGAAUUUUUGUA